AUGUUCCGCCGCCACCGACAUGCCCCUUACGUACGACUUACCGAAGCUCCAGGUGAUCAUGCACCGCAUAUUAAUUUAACUCAUGCUAACGGCCAUAUUCAUGUUGAGCUGAAAAAGAUAAUCCAGUCUGGUGAAGAGCGUACGCUUCUUUUGACACCAGAACAAUUCUUUCAAAUUUCACACAAAAGUGAUGAAAUUCGACAAGCUGGACAUAUCAUGGCAGACUAUCAUGGACAUAAAAGUGAAACAAAGCCGCCUGAUACAAGUGGCUCUUUCAAAUUUAUACUCCGUUCAGACUUUGAAAGUCAGAAACGUGAACAUAUGUACGAAUGGGAAAUGCCAGAUUCUCCGUUACGAGUCAGUGUAAGAAACCGUCGAAGUGAUGGCAAACGUCCGAUUGCUACGCAGUUUGUUGUUGAAGUACGCAUUUUCACUGUAAGCGGCAGGCCAACCAACGAUGGAAUCAUGAUGGCGUGGCACAACUUUUCUGGUACAUUUGUUCAACAUCGAAGAGAACGUCAAAAUCGAAUUCAACAAAUGCGCACAAAUGAUUUGUCGGCUUCCUCCGCAGCUUCAAGUGUUAGUGAUAGUGCAGCCACCAUAGCCAGUGCAGCAACCAUAGCCAGUCCAGUACCAUCUGUGACAAAUAAGAAAAAUCUACUCAGUUGGACGAUUGAUGAUAAAUACGUGAACAAGGAGGAUUGCUCCUGUGUUAUUUGUAUGGAUACUUACGUGAAGGGUGAAUGUGUCCAUGGCCUACCACGAUGCAGUCACUACUUUCAUUCAAAAUGUAUUCAGGCUUGGCUUGUGGGAAGUAAUGACUGCCCGGUCUGCCGAUCAAAAGUUUAG